AUGAAAACAUGCUACUAUGAGUUAUUGCAAGUAGAAUCUACAGCAACAGACUUAGAGUUGAAAAAAGCCUAUAGAAAAAAAGCCCUUCAAUUACAUCCUGACAAAAAUCCUGAUGACGUAGAAGGUGCUACCGCCAGGUUUGCAUUAGUACGAGCAGCAUACGAAGUAUUAUCAGAUCCUCAGGAGAGAUCAUGGUACGACUCACAUAAAUCCCAAAUUUUGAGAGAUGAAGAUACUUUUGAAGUGGAUGAGAAUGAAUUGGUAAUUCCAAGUAUUUCUGUCGAAGAGAUCUUGAGAUAUUUCAAUCCUUCUUUCUAUACAACAAUAGAUGAUUCACAGGUUGGAUUUUAUAACGUUGUGAGUAGACUAUUUGAAAGAAUAGCGGCUGAAGAGAUUAGUCAUGCUAAACAUCAAGGGUUAGUCAAAUAUGAAAAGUAUCAUGAUGAUGCGCCAAAUGUUAAUGUAAUUGAAGAAUCCAUGUUGUUAUAUCCAAGAUUUGGAAACAGUAAGAGUGAUUAUAUAUCACAUGUCAGGCCGUUCUACAAUACAUGGUUAUCUUUUCAGAGUGUCAAGGCAUUUAAUUGGAAAGACGAGUAUCGUUAUUCCACAGCACCUGAUAGAAGGACAAGAAGACUCAUGGAAAGAGAAAAUAAAAAGGCAAGAGAUGCCGCAAGAAAGGAGUAUAACGAGACGGUUAGAAGUCUUGUUGCAUUUAUUAAGAAAAGAGAUGUGAGAGUUAAACAAGGAAUCAGUGAAUAUGAAAAGCAAAAGAAGAAAAAGCAACAGGAAGAAUUGGCAGAUCAGAUUAGAAACAACCGCCAAGAUGAAUUGAGAAAGUUGGCGACUCAAAAUAAUUUUGAAAUCCAAGACUGGCAGCAAUUAUCAAUAGAAGAAUUGAAUGAACUCGAGCAAAUGCUAGACGAAGAGUAUAAUUCUAGCUCGGAUAGCGAGUUUGAUGAAUUCGAACAAACAGGAGACGAAAAUUAUUUUGAAUGCUUCGUUUGUAACAAAUACUUUAAAUCUGAAAAACAAUUUGAAACACAUGAACAAUCAAAUAAGCAUAAGAAGGUAGUAAAUAAAUUAAAGUGGGAAAUGCAAAAAGAAGGUAUCGAGUUGGGCAUCGACAAGGAGGAUGUAGAUCUAGAUGAAUUCGAGACGGCUAGUAGUGGAUUAGAAUCGGAAGACUAUGAUUAUGAUAUCAACUCUGAAAGUAUUGACAACGUAUCGGAAGCAUCAGAAACCUACAACGAGAAUCGUGAAGAAGAUGAUGCUCUAAAAUCUUCGGUAAUCAUAGACAAUGCUUCUGAUAACAUAGAUAACAUAGAAUUUGAAGUUGACGAUGAAAUAAAUAGUGAUUUUGAAAAUAAUGCUGAACCUAUAAUAGAGCCACAACCAUCGCUUAAAAAGAAGCUGAAAAACAAGAAGAGUAAAAAUAAGAACAAAAGUAUGCCAACAUAUUCAGAUGAUGAAGAUGAUGAGUUGAAAAGAGAAUUGUCCAAGCUUAAUUCUGACCUAAAGGGCGUAGCACUAGAAAGUGACAGUGACUGGUCAACAAAUACAAAAAGUAAAAAAAACAAAAAAAAGAAGACCCCCAAUGCUGAUUCGGAAACUUCAAGUCCUCGGCCCCAAGCAACAAUUCCAAAGAAAAAAAAGAAUAAUGAAUCUGAUGAGUUACCUUCCUACGUACCUAAAGGUUCAGAGAUAUGUGUGGUUUGCAAAGAACUAUUUACAUCAAGAAACAAGCUUUUUCAGCAUGUUAAGUCAACAGGUCAUGCUGCUCCUUUAGCUCAAACCAAAAAGGGUAAUAAAAAAAGGAAUUAA